ACGCUCGCGCCCGGGCCGGCCGGGUCCUCCUGGCUGGUGUUAGAGAAACCGAUGCCAAAUGACGCCGUGCUGGUGGACUCGGAUGUCUUCAGCAAGAAGUACACGUUCAGCACCGCCGCCGCCACUAACGGCGAGCAGGUGUGCCGGGGGCACAGCAAGCAGAUGGCAAGCGGGGAAGACUUCCUGAAGCAGUGGAAGCACCCCAGCUUCCUCUUCAGCCGGCGGGUGCACCGCGUGCGGGUGACGCUGCGGGAGCUCCUCAACAGCGGAACAAAGAACACGUUGUGGGACGCGGAAUACCACGGCAAGGAAGAUUCGCCCGGGUCCGACUACGAGCUCGGGGAGACCGCAAAACCGGAGGAAAGCAUUUCCAGCAUGCCCUACUUUCGCUACUUCUGUCCGCCCUUCAACACGAACCAAAAAUUCGAGCUGUGCGUGGAAGAUCGAGACAACAACGGGUUUCGCGAGUGCCACACGCUCGAAGUCGGUGGAACGGAUGAGGAAUCCCGCGAAAACAUGCCGGAGCUCAAGCCCCUGAUGGAAACGACGCGCGAGUGGAACGGCGUGAUGCCCGUGAAAAAUCUCGGUCUGGUGUCCACCCGGGCCUUUGCGAACGCCGGCGGGGUAAACGCUGGCGAAAUUCCCGGGGAAGACGGAUCUGGCUCAACGGGGUCCGCGGGCAGCCACAGUGUGGGAAGCCCGCACAGAUCUACCUCCAAGCACCGUCUGUCGGCGACCCGGUUUGGAAAGCCGCGCUAUCCGCUCCUGAUGGGUGCGCGGGAGGAUCCCAGAAAAAUUCCCAAAAUACCGAUGCAGCUGUCGUGAAGAGCGAAUGUCUGUUGCACAUGAAGAUUGAAAAAGAGCGUUGCGUCGUUUUUUUAUUUUGUAAGAUGCAGACCGGCCGUCGAGUGGUUGCAUGGUUUCAUUGUUUCAUGCGCCAGCUCAUAUUUCUAGUAAAAUGCAUCAAACCUCCAGGGAUCGACUUCGAAUCAUGCGGAGUUCUAUUGCCCGCCAAGUGUACUAGGUGAUUGCGAGCGUACUUUUCAAGAUCUAGUCGAUCACGUAUGAAGUGGAU